AUGAAGAGUGGCAUGUCUGUCCGUCGCUUUCGAAAGCAACCCCCAUCCAGUACAUUCCAUUCACAGCCAUCGUCAGCAGAAAGUGCGAACUGCUCGCAGCCAAGUUCUGAUGAAACUCCAGUUUGCAGUAAUGGGACUGGCGAAUCUUUGCCAUCCGAAUACGCGCAUUUAUCAGAUCAUGGAGACACUUCCGCAAAUCUAAGCUUCAACGGAGCAGCGACAGCGACUAGUCAGAAUGGAAAGGAUGACGAUGAUGUGAGCGUUGCAGGCACCGUGUUUAACGAACCCUGGGAUUCCACCGUCUGGGAAAAUUUAUUAGAUCUUGCACACUAUGGUGAUGAAAAGCCAUCCACACUCACAAGGCACUACGAAUUGAAUCAAAUUGGCAGCGUUGGCGAAGCGAUCGCUGAAGAGGAAGGAGAUGAUGAAGUGGCCUGUUCAUUGGAAAUGAGUUAUGAUGGCGAGGAAGAGCGAAAUCUCCAAAAAUCGCAGCAACAUCAUCUUAGUGGCAAGCGAUGCAGUGACGAUUAUGGCACUGUGGUUCGUCGACUGGACAACCACAGCCUGGCGGAAUCAGAUGGCCGGCGAAACGGCGUCAUCAAUAUUCACGCUCAUUUGAAAAAUGAAAGUAGCUUACGUCGACAGCAGCUUGAAGCAAGCAGCAAGUCUACUGUAAGUGAUUAUGCCCCUGAAGCAUCAAACUCGAUGGUGAAUGUAAGCAAAGCUGGUGAAUUAUCGGAUGGAACGACCACUAUGGAUAGUCAGAAAUCAGCAGCUACACUUUCGGCAUCAGAUGUAGAACUUGAGUUCUUUUGUAGGUUGUCACAAGAAGAAAAUACCGUAUUCGGUGCAACUUUGCGUCGCUUCAUCGAAUGUACUUUCGAGGCUGAAGAGUGCGACCCACAAGUAAGGCAUUCGUAUUUGAAAAGU